AUGGCGGACCCGCUAAGUGUCGUUUCUGGGCUUCUAGCCAUUGUUACCGCCACCAUCCAGUCUAGCAAAGUGCUUUACCAGACGGUCCAGAGUUUCAGGGACCACCCCCGGUCUGUGCGGCAGCUGGUAGACGAGCUCGACGCCCUCGCCGGUGUCCUCCAUUGCCUGGAAGGUUCUGCGGGACGUGAACCUUCCAUUCUCGUCCCGCUGAAGCUUCCACUUGAGCGAUGUACUGAAGCCUGCGUGGAUUUUCGCAACUUGAUAGACAGAUGCACUAAACACUCUGGGGGGCAGGGAAACACCAGCUUCAGAGACUGGGCAAGGCUCAGAUACAUGGACAAUGACAUCAAUGGUUUUACGGCGAUGUUGGCUGGGUAUAAAGCCACCAUUGCUAUCGCUCUCGCCGAUGCAAACCUACGAUCAAGCACGGUUACCCUCCAAGUUCUCAACGAAUAUAAAGACAUGAUUCGUAACACAAAGCAAGAUCUUGAGGACCAUCUCGAAGAGAUCACCGUCAAAUUGCAGUCUUUGGCCAGACAAAACGACAUCCCCACCAGAGCGGAACCCGUCGACAUAGAGCGCUUUCGAAAUGAACGCAAGACAACCGAGCAGUGUCUCGAAAUUUGCUCACAGGUGUUAUCACAUAUCAACGGACUAAGGCUCUUGCCAGUGGGGACAGGGGAGGCAACGCGUGGUACUACGUCCGCAGGGUUAUCUAUCCAGGAUCUAACCCAUGCGCGCAUCAUGACCUUCUCGACGCUGAAAGAUUGUUGCGACAAACUCAGUGACACGUUGGGCCGACUUCGAGCCCUCGAAGAAGACACCAAGGCUAGGCUACAGGCGGUUGAGGUGACGCCUGAGCAGAGCAACACGAUAAGCUCGGGCAAGGAGGCCCAAAGCCUCGCGAGGGAGUUUGACAGUGCACGGCAGUGCCUCACUAUCUGCUCUGACGCAUCCGCUAGGGUCAACUCUGGAAAGGUGCACAUCCUGGAGAACAUCACUAUAGACAAAGAUGGAAAGCAGAUGCUGAUUGCUACGCUCGGGGAGCUUUUUGACGCGAGACGAGUACAGCUGGGCGAGGGAGCGAUGCAGAUCGUUGCAUCGUCUUCCGACACGUCGUUGCAAGAGUUGUUCAGGGCGCAGAGCAGAAGAUAA